CUAGGGGUUUCAAGGGAGCGAGAGGCUUCCUUGUUCGCUUGUCGUGUUAAGAAAGAAAAAGUCAACCUAGAAAAAUGGCAUCGAGAUCCGCACUGAGCCGACUUAGCUUAACUGCUCCUCGCUCGAUGGAGUCAGCUCGUGGAGCUACUCGUUACUUCAGUGAUGACAGGGGCCGAGUUCUGAGCGAAGAGGAACGCGCUGCCGAGAACGUCUAUAUUAAGAAAAUGGAGAAGGAAAGGUCGGAGAAACUGAAGCUAAAGCAGGAGAAAGAGAAGACAGAGAAAGAUAAUCAGGGUAGUGACAAGAAAGCUGAAGGGAGCCAGAAAUCCUGAUGGGGGUUAACUGCACCAGAGGCUGUAAUGUUGCUGUGGCAAUAAUCUUCUGAAAUAAAUGUGACUCGUAUUGAGAUUUGGUGUUUGUACAUACUUGUCUUUUGAAUACUCUUGCACAGCCGGUCAUAAGCAUGGCCAUGCUCGUCUACUUGGUUAUGUACCUGUUGGAAGUUUUCCUUUCUUAAUUUUGACCGAUCUGGAUUCGUAGUUCGUUUUUAUCUUUACUUUUGUUGAUGCUC